AUGAACCACGAAAAGUUUCAAGAGCGCCUCGAUCUUCCGACGGACAUAUCUCCUGUAGAGUACCAAGAGGAUGUCCCAUUCCCAUACAACAACUUUAUCUACAAGAUCACCCUCAAAAAGCCCGCAUAUGUCGACUCCUUUUCAGAUGCCGGGCCGUACACUACGCCUCCACCAGCUGAAGGUGUUUCGACCAUCGUUUUGCGUCUAGCAAAUCCCAAGGCCCAAGAUAUCAUCCAGGACAAUCGUGUCGAGAAUGAAGUUGCGGCUAUGUAUCUCGCACGCCAAGGCCUACUUGCGUUCAAACCGGAAGUCGCCGGACUUAUCCCAGCCGUCUAUGCGUGGAAGUCUCACCAAGGCGCCAAAGGCAGCUACAGCUGGACCUUGAUGGAAUACAAGGAGGGCGUGCCGCUUGACACCAAGUUUCCAGGCUUGUCUGAAGAAGAUCAGAAGGAUGUCCUUGGUCAGAUUGCCGACGUCUUCACUGGGAUUCAGCAAGCCCCUCUUCCCGAGAGUAUCAAGUCACAUGGAGGACUGACCAUCGAUGACGGCGGAAACAUUGUGGGCGGUAAGAUGACCAUACUCGAGGGAGCCCCUUGGACUUCCUACAGCGACUUCUGGAGAACUAGACUCGCUUUCCGAUUGAAGGAUGCCGAUGAGAGCCCGGCCCUUGAGGGCUGGAAACCAAACGGUGUACGGGGGCGCAUCGACAGUUUCCUCAGCUCUGGACUUGAAACAUAUCUCGCCAAUUCCGGCGUAGAUGCCACGAACAAUAUCCAAUACGACCCCGAAUCGAAGAAAAUCACGGGAGUUCUGGACUUUGAUUGGGCUUACAUAUCACACCCAUGCCACGAGUUCUUCACUUCCCUCGGAGACGUUGGAGGGAGCACAGGCGGCGGUACUGCGAGGGACCCAGAUCUGAGCGGAGGUCGACUGGCAAAGGCAAUUUUGACGGGCAAUUUCGACAUCCCCGACUUGCCGGAGGAGGCAGCUAGACAACUCACACGAGCUAAGGCUUGGGAUGAUGCGUUGGCGGCGAGAGGUGCUCUGAGACCUAGCGCUAUCUCUGGCAUCACUGCGCUUGAUCGACUCAGUAAGCUGGAGGCUCUCUUGGGUCCCUUCAUCUUGACUCACCCGGUCAUGCUGAAGAGACGGACGGCGGAGCAAAUUGCGGAUACACGGAGGGCUACUGAGAAGCAGUUGGUUGAGUGUCUCGAGAUUUUCGAUUAUUGA